AUGCAGUUUUUGGCUCGAUUCAUUUUGCUGGUCGCAGCAGUGGCAGCGAUUGUGUCAGCACAUCCCGGUGGCCACGCGCCGAGCACCACCAAGCUAGAGACAAACAAGCUCUACAAGCGCUCUGCGCAUCAGCGAUACACUCGCUGCGCUAGUAGCUCGGCCGUUCGACGUCGUCAUGCACACGAUGCACAAGUGCGUCGUCAAGAGCGCAUCGACCAGCUUCGCGCUCGCACCUUGCGACGACGCAAUCUCUCGGAUUACGCAUCCGAGAUCCUCAACACUACACACCACUCGAACCGUACAGAUCUCACCAACACCACCAUCGCCUCGACUGGCAAUGUCUUCAACAGCAACCACACCGAGGCGUGCGUGUUGCAGCCUGAAGUCACCAUCGGUCCUUACUGGGUGAGUGGCGAGCUGGUUCGUUCUAACGUCACCGACGACGAGCCUGGUGUACCUCUGUAUCUGGACGCGCAGUUUGUCGAUAUCGACACUUGCGAACCAGUCAAAGAUCUCUAUUGGGAAAUCUGGAGCUGCAACUCGACGGGCGUCUACUCUGGCGUUCAAGCUCCGGGCAACGGCAACCAGGACGACGAUUCCAAUCUGAACGCUACCUUCCUACGUGGUGUACAGCAGACCGACGAAAACGGUGCUUCGCAGUUCCAAACCAUCUUCCCGGGACACUACACGGGCCGAACCACGCACAUUCACGUGGUAGCGCAUACCAACGCUACGCUUCUCGCCAACAACACACUUGCCAGCUCGGCCACAGGAGGCGCGAUUCACAUUGGCCAGCUCUUCUUCGACCAAGAUCUCAUCAGUCAGGUUGAAGCCAUCGAGCCGUACGCCAGCAACACGCAAAACGUCACCACCAACGCAGAUGACUUUAUCUUUGUAGAGGAAGCCGCCAACCAAGGUUCUGACCCGAUCGUCGAGUACGUCUGGUUGGGUAGCUCGGUGCAGGACGGCAUCUUUGCUUGGGCAACAAUCGCAGUUGAUGUUGGCGCUAACUAUACCACGCAAGCAGCCGUGAGCUAUACGGACCAUGGUGGAGUGACCAAUCAAGGUUCCCAGACUCCUGGUAUGGGCAUGGGUCGAGCUCCUCCUUCCUAG